AAUAAUUAGCCUGCGGGCGGGGUAUUCCGCGUCAGCGCGAGACUCCGGCCAAUCCCUGCGCUCUCCCCCGCGGUCACGUCACAGGCCGAACAACCAAACAGAAAAGUUUAAUAAACAGCGGACUGAGGGGCCGACGGCGGCGGGGCCGGAGCGAGCAGGGGUUCGGCGGCCUCACCUGUCCCCAUUCACCGGCGGCGACCGGCGGCGGCGGGCAGCGCGUCAGGCGGACAGAGCCGCCGCCAGGAAUGAAUCUGAAGUCUGCUGCAGUAAAACACUGAAGGCUUUAAAAUGUUUUCUUGCAUAAAACUCAAACUUUAAGUAGCUGCUUAUGAGGAUAGGGAAGGCAGGAAGCUAAUGUCUGUCUCAAGAUACAGGACAGCUGUUUGCUCAUCAACCUCAACUGUGUGUGCAACAGAGGAACAUGGCUCAAGAAACUAAUCACAGCCAAGUGCCUAUGCUUUGUUCCACUGGCUGCGGAUUUUAUGGAAACCCUCGUACAAAUGGCAUGUGUUCAGUAUGCUAUAAAGAACAUCUUCAAAGACAGAACAGUAGUAAUGGUAGAAUAAGCCCACCUGCAACUUCUGUCAGUAGUCUGUCUGAAUCUUUACCAAUGAACUGCUUAGAUAUGUUAAAUUCUUACUAUAUUACUUUAGUUAAUACUUAUGUGUGGAGAUCAUCUUUUAAAAUGAAAUGCUUUUGCUUUUGUAGCCCUGUAUCAAAUCAGUCACUUUUAUCAGAAUCUGUAGCAUCUUCCCAAGUGGACAGUACCUCUGUGGAUAAAGCAGUACCUGAAACAGAAGAUCUGCAAGCUUCAGUAUCAGAUACGGCACAGCAGCCAUCUGAAGAGCAAAGCAAGUCUCUUGAAAAACCAAAACAAAAAAAGAAUCGCUGUUUCAUGUGCAGGAAGAAAGUGGGACUUACUGGGUUUGAAUGCCGAUGUGGAAAUGUUUACUGUGGUGUACACCGUUACUCAGACGUACACAAUUGCUCUUACAAUUACAAAGCUGAUGCUGCUGAGAAAAUCAGAAAAGAAAAUCCAGUAGUUGUUGGUGAAAAGAUCCAGAAGAUUUGAACUCCUGCUGGAAUACAAAAUCCUUUGACCAUCUGCAAACUAAAAAUUGACUUGACUUUUUUUUCCUAGUCAUUGGGAAUGUAGAGCAAUGUAUCUUGCAUAGACCUUUUAAUCAUGCAUGUCAUCAGAAGAAUAGAUUUUUGUUUUUGUUUUGAAAAUGACUCUGAACAUUUAUUUCCAUUGCAGUUUCUGUGGCUAAAAAGACUUAAAACUUUACAAGUAUUAUCCUUUUAAGAUCAUUUUAAUUUUAGUUGAGUGCAGAGGGCUUUUAUAACAAACAUGGAGAAAUUUUGGAGGGCUGUAAUUUUUCCAGUAUUAAACAUGCAUGCGUUAAUCUUGCAGUUUAUUUUCUCAUUGUGUAUAUAUAU